ACGAAACAGUCUAAGUUAAUUCCAGAACUCUAAACCAGUCCAACCUCUAGCUGUGCUCAAGUAGAAAGCAGAAGUGUUCUGAUCAGAGAGGGAAAGCAUGGAUUAUACCUUGGAGGAUGCACAGCGCAAGGAGAAGCUUCUGAAGGCCGUCUACAGCCUCCAAGUUAAAUCUGAUGUCACAUUUCAGAAAGCUAGUCCUCUCCUGAACAGCCACCCUGGCAUGGGCAUGGUGACAGAGCAGCAAGUUCACCAGCUGGCAGAGAAAGCCAAGACCAUAUGCCAUGACCUGGACAAUAUCAAAAACCAUCUUUACUUCCGGCAGAAUGACUUGGUUCGCAAAAUCCCCAACCCCAAUGGUAGACACUAUGGCAACGUAUGUGGAAUUCACUGCUCACUGGAUGGAUCUAUUUACGUGACUAGUGAAAACGCACCCAACGUCCAGAUCCGCCACCAAUCAGGCCAAACAUUUCAGGCCUUGCCAUGUGUAGAAUGGAAGAAGAAGGAGACCUUCUUGCCAGAGGAUGUGACUGUCACCAGGGCAGGGAUGGUGGCUGUGACAGACCUGCUGAACGGAACUAUCCACAUCUUCAGUCAUCAUUCCAAGUUCUCCGAGGGCGAGUGGCUAAGAAUUGGGAAGUUUUGUUCUCCUAGGGGCAUUGCUGUAGAUGCUUCCGGAAAAAUACUGGUGGCGGACUACACAGAAGGGAAGGUUUAUAGUUUUGCCUUGGACCGUGCUUUCAAGGUGCAAGGCACCCACUCUGUCUCCAACCUGGAGGGGCCACGUUAUGUGUGCUCAGCCCCAGAAGGAGGAUUCGUGGUCAGCGAAGAAUGUGGAGAUGUCAAACUGUUCAACAGCAAUCACAAACUGGUCUCCUCCAUCAGCCGUAAAUACGGCCACCAGUUUGGAAAUCCUGCCGGCCUCUGUACUGAUAGAGAAGGCAACAUCAUGGUAGCGGAUGAACAGCAUCAGAGUGUACAUCUGUUUCCCAGGAAUGGAUCUCCAAUCUGCUUGGUCUCCAAAGGUCUCCAAAGGCCGACAGGAAUUGCUUGUUCCACCCAGGGCUUGCUUUUUGUGACCGAUAGCGGAGACAACGAUGUUAAAGUCUUCAGAUACCGUUUCUUCAUCUCCACAAUUCCUCUUAUGGUGAGUGGACAUUGUCCCCAACUUCAUGAAAUUGUUUCCUGGGAACUAUUUGAAGAGUGCUGACAAAAUGCAUUUUGUAAUCACGUAUGAAACAGACGACAGAAGCCGAACUGUUCGUUAACCUGUUAACUGUUUGUUAACCUGUUAACUGUUCACUAACUGUUAACCUGGUGAUUCAGCAAAAGGUCAAACGUGCAGAAGAGUCAGGAGGCAGUCCUACUGGUAUAGUGAAAGCAAGGCUGGAAUUAAAUGUUUGCUUCAAAGUGGUGUCAGUGGGAAAUGACUUUCACCACUUCACAUGCCUUCACAUAGGGUGCCAUUUUAAAACACAUGCAGGCUCUUUUCCCCUGGGCAGCUGGAUGGGGUAGCAGCAAGAUGUACGCCCCAAUCUCUGCAGCCAGCUCCUUGUGUGGCAAAAAUGGAGUCAUUGGAGCUUCCUUCCUGGAUUAAAAAGAAAUGUUGCCAGAAGGCCAGUGCUGGGAGGCUUCUCAGCUACUUUGGCACUGGCUGGAUAGCAGCUCCAUUUAUGUCACACACAUGCGUGUGAUAUCCAGUUUCUCUCUGAGUUGCAGCUAACAGACAGUAAAAACUUUACUGUGGAUUUUCUGCAAUGUGUCGUGCCAACGGACAUCUCACUGAAUUUAGAGGAACUUCUUUCUUGGAAAACGUGCAUACAUUUCCCGUGUCUCAUUUUCUCCAUCCUUGUACAAAAUAGGAAGUGUCUUUGCCAAUGUACUGUAUUAUUAAAGAGUACUUUUUCUCCAAUGUAUAUGAAUGUUGUGGAGAGGGAACUACUGGAAUAUCACAGAAAAUAGUAACAAUUAGGAUAAAUUUAAAUGCAGUUAUCUAAUCAU